UGAUCCACUACUCACCAGAAACACACAAUGUCUCAGUCCGAGCAGACAGAAAACCCGGAGCAGCAAACAUUACACUCGGAGCAUGCACAAAGCGGAGUCCUGGUGAACCCUAACGCGGUUUGUAACGUGUGUAAACGCUUGUACCGGGACCCUAAAAUCCUCCCGUGUCUGCACACCUUCUGCUCGGACUGUAUCGCUCAGUUGGAACCGUUCUCGGUUUCUUCGCGCAGCGUGGAAAAUCCCGAAGGCGACGCGGCGGAGCGGCAGGAGCAAGCCGCCGUCACUGUCACGGUUCUUUGCCCUGACUGCGACUCCGAGGUGGAUCUCCCUCCGUCGGGACCGGCCGGGCUGAGCACCGACCAUUUGGCUCUGGACGAAGUGUUCCUGGAAAUCCUGGUGGCGGACGGCCCGCUGGGGUGCGAUCUGUGCGGCGAAGGAGGCGCGGAGAGCCGCUGCGAAGUCUGCUGCGUCAACCUGUGCGAGUUCUGCUGCCAGGCGCACAGGCGUCAGAAGCGGACGGCGUCUCACUCCGUUCAGAGUCUGCAGGAUCUGAAGUCUCACGGUGCUCUGUGCCGCCCCGUCCUCUGCUGCCUGCACCCGGGUCAGGAGCUGCGUCUCUUCUGUCAGCCCUGCGACCUUCCCGUCUGUCUGGAGUGUGCCGCCACACUGCACCGAGACCACCGCUGCUGCCCCACUCAAAAUGUGAUCGAUCGCCAUGGAGACAGCAUCCGAGAGCUGGUCACUGUGCGCCUGCGACCUCGCAUGGAGCGCCUGAAGGACUCCCUGCAGAAGGUGGAAGUUUCCCAGGAGGCUUUGCAGGAACGGGUCGAUGCAACAGCUAACAAGGUGAGGGUGUUUGCUCGAGCUUACGCCAGCGCUGUGGAGGCUCACUGCCUCUCUCUGCUGCACCGCCUGGAGGAGAUCCGUGUCCAACGCAGGAACCAGCUCCACCUGCAGAAGGCGCAGCUGCAGCAGGCUCUGUUGGACGUCGGUGGCAGUGUGGAGUUUGCGGAGAGAUUGCUGAGCUGUGGAUCAGACGCUGAGAUCCUCAGCGCUAAAGGGGUGACUCUGAGGAGAUUGACCAGCCUGGCGGAGAGCAGCUUCGACCCCCCGCCAGCAUCCGUCGCCCCCGAUGACUACAGCGGCAUCAGCUUCAUGUCCCGGGAGCCGGCCGGGGAGGUGGAGGGCUACCCGGUGGUCGGGGUGAUCAACACCAAGACGGUGGACCUCAGCAAGUGCACCAUUGAGGGGGAAGGCCUGCAGAGGGGCACUGAGGGGGAACAGGGACUCUUCACUCUGGUGUGCAGAGACUCGGCGGGGGAGCAGCUGGCUCGAGGAGGAGAGCAUGUCCUGGUCAGCAUCGUUCACAAGGAGAAAAAACACUGCACACUGGAGAGCACGGUGGUUGACAACAGCGACGGAUCCUACGGUGUUUCAUACACACCUGAAGAGACAGGAGCCUACUCGGUGUGGGUGUGUGUCAAAGCUCAACAUGUCAAGGGCUCUCCUUUCCCCCUGAAUGUGAAGAGGAAGUUCAGGCGUCACGUCGGGACCUUUCACUGCUGCUCGUUCUGCUCCAGUGGAGGCUCCAAAGAGGCUCUCUGUGGCUGUGCAGGAACCAUGCCAGGAGGAUUUAAAGGCUGCGGUCACGGUCAUAAAGGACACCCCGGGAAGCCUCACUGGUCUUGUUGCAGCAGCACCGUGGAGCGGUCGGAGUGUUUGCCUCAGAGCGUCAUGGCUGCGGUUUCCCCCCGCGGACACCUGCGCACCGUGGAGCUCUGAGGAGACGAGACCUGUGCAGAUGAUGCUCCGUAACAAAGGAUCGCAGCAACAAAAAGGUUAGAGCAGUGGGGGAGCACGACGUAGCUUGUUGGUGUAAAUGUUAUGAAGCUUUAAAGACAGGGUGGCUGAAGCACGACAUCAACAUACAGUGGGGCAAAAAAGUAUUUAGUCAGCCACCAA